AUGCGUCCAAGGAAGAAAGUUCACCAAAAAGGAAAAGUAGCAAGGUUUAUUUUUGAUAUGUCCAAGUUCCAACUUUUUAGAUACACCUAUUCAUUAGUUAUGAGUUCAUUACGACAUCAAAUUCAUCGUUUGCAGGGUAUUCCAUCUAAAGUUUUAAAUUCUUGCUGGCUCAAUCUGUGUAUUUGUAUAUGGAAACAGGUCCAUUGCAGUAAACUCAGUACCCAAAAACUGCAACACAUUAUUUUGUGUCCAGACAGAUGGGUUAAUCAUCAUCAUAGCCCCACAUUUUUUAGCACAAAGGCAUUUGGCUCAAUUAGGAAAAAAAGUAAUUUCAAAGACUUUUAUCUAAGUAAAUUAAUGAGUCUAAAAGGUACAUUCGAACAAGCAAUACAAAUUGUUAUGAAUAAUUCUACUGAAAUUGGUUGUUUCUUUGCAAAGACAUAUUUUAGCGUUGAUACUUACAUCUCAUUGAUUAUCAAAGAUGAUCUUUUUAUUGACAAUUUGGGUUGGAUUUAA